AUGGCUCAAGAUAAAAAGGAACUCGAUGCCCUCGCUGGGGCCCUCCAGCGAGUCACGGUUGAUGGAGGAGAAGGUACUCUGACGAGCGUAGAAGAGUCUCUCUCGCCCUCAGAGAGAGCAGCAGUUCUCAAACUCAAGCAGCUGCAGGUCUUGGUGUCUCCUGCUGCUGCUGCUGCUGCUGCAGCAGGUGCUGCAGCAGGUGCUGCAGCAGGAGCUGCAGCAGCAACAGAAGAACAAAACUCUGAAAAAGAUGCCACUGGCACACCCGUGGAAGAGCUGCAGAUGGUUGUGGAGGCGGACUAUGAUAUCGGCAUAACAAUUAGGGAUAAGAUAAUUCCGAGAGCUGUUGAUUGGUAUCUAGGGCAGGUUGACGAUGACUCAGACUUCGAUGACUAUGAUGCUAACGAUGAAGACUUCGAUGGCAGCGAGGAUAGCGACGAAGAAGAAGACUCAUCAGAUGACGAACCGCCCCGCUCACACAAAGGUGCGGAGAAGGUAUCGAGACACCUGAGGGUUUAG